AUGGUGAGCAAUUCCUCCCAACCUACAGACGUGGAGCUUUGCUAUGAGAAUGUGAAUGGAUCCUGCAUUAAAACCGCGUACUCACCAGGUCCUCGCGCGAUUCUGUACACAGUCCUUGGUUUCGGGGCUGUACUGGCCAUGUUUGGAAACUUACUGGUUAUUAUUGCCAUCCUUCACUUCAAACAGCUGCACACGCCUACAAACUUUCUGAUCGUGUCCCUGGCCUGCGCUGACUUCUUGGUGGGGGUGACUGUCAUGCCCUUCAGCACAGUGAGGUCCGUGGAGAGCUGCUGGUACUUUGGGGAGAGUUACUGUAAAUUUCAUACCUGUUUUGACACUUCCUUCUGUUUUGCUUCUUUAUUUCAUUUAUGCUGUAUCUCCAUUGAUAGAUACAUUGCUGUGACUGAUCCUCUGACCUACCCAACCAAGUUUACUGUCCCGGUAUCAGGCAUAUGCAUUUUUCUCUCUUGGUUCUUUUCUGUCACUUAUAGUUUUUCCAUCUUCUACACCGGGGCCAACGAGGAAGGAAUCGAGGACUUGGUUGUUGCUCUCACCUGUGUAGGAGGUUGUCAGGCGCCACUGAAUCAAAAUUGGGUUCUACUUUGUUUCCUUCUAUUCUUUAUACCCACUAUCGCCAUGGUGUUUAUAUACGGUAAGAUCUUUUUAGUGGCCAAACAUCAGGCUAGGAAGAUAGAAAGUUCAGCCAGCCAUCCUCAGUCUUCCUCAGAGAGUUACAAGGAACGGGUAGCAAAGAGAGAGAGAAAAGCUGCUAAAACAUUGGGUAUUGCUAUGACAGCAUUUCUUGUCUCUUGGCUGCCAUACAUUAUUGAUGCCGUGAUUGAUGCUUACAUGAAUUUUAUAACUCCUCCUUAUGUUUAUGAGAUUUUAGUGUGGUGUGUUUAUUAUAACUCGGCUAUGAACCCCUUGAUCUAUGCUUUCUUUUACCCAUGGUUUCGGAAGGCAAUAAAACUUAUCAUAAGUGGUAGAGUCUUAAGGAGAGAUUCAUCAAGAAUCAAUUUGUUUUCUGAGGAAGCAGAUAUAGAGUGA